AUGAUAUUCCAUUAUAUUAUACAUUCUAUUAUAUUCUAUCUUGGAUUUAAUUUGAUUUAUCCAUUUGGAAUAAAGAUUACAGUAUGUAGUAUCAAUUCAGGAAGUUGGGUUUUUGAUUUAUUAAUGUUAAGUCAGUUGAAAAAAUUCAAUUCACCUUCAUAUAUAAAUAUUAAACCAAUUAAUUAUAUAACUAAUUCAUAUGAUUAUCAUCAUUUAUUGAAUCCUUCUUAUGGGAUUGAUUCAUCUAAUUCUAAAUCAAAUCAAAUGAGAAACUUGGAUAUAUUUCAUCAUCAACAAAAUGAUAAUCGUUUACAUCCUCAAUCUUAUCAGAAUCAAUGGAAUCAAUUAAUAAAUGAUCCACAAAUUACUAUUCAAUCAUUUCUAACAAAUAAUAUUGAUUUAUCUAUACAUGAAACAAAUAUAUGUCAUAUAUUAUCUGGUUUAACUAAUCGUCAACGUUAUAUUUGUUUACAACAUACUGGUUUAAUAUGGGCAAUGCUUGAAGGUACACAUUUAAGUAUGAAUGAAUGUGUACAUCAAUUUAAACAUGAACAAUGGAAUUGUUCUGCAGUUAAUUUAUUAUAUCGUACACAUAUGAAAUCAACAAAUUUACCAUUAAUUCAUGGAUUAGAAGGAAUAUUACAACGUGGAUCCAGAGAAACUGCAUUUCUUUCAUCCUCAUGGUCAGCUGGUGUUGUUCAAGCAAUAACACGUGCAUGUAGUCGAGGUCAAAUGGGAACAUGUGAUUGUGAUCCACAUCGACGUGAAGGUCAAGGUAAAGAUGCUGAAGGAAUAUUCACUUGGGGUGGAUGUAGUGAUCCUAUACGAUUUGGUAUGCGUUUAACACGUUUAUUUUUAGAUGCAAAUGAUGAAGAACAUCGUAAUGCUGCAGUAAAAAGAGAACAAGAACUUCAUGAACAAAGAAUACAACUAUUAUCAUCAUCAUCAUCAUCAAUGAAAUUAAAUAAUCAAGAUAAGCAAAAUAAAAGAAAACGACAAAAAAUUUAUAGAUUUCCACGUACAUUUAAUAAUAAUAAUAAUAAUAAUAAUAAUAAUAAUAAUAAUAAUACAUCUAAUCAACAAUUCGAAGCAAACAAUACAGAAACUGUUAAAAAUAUAGUAAAACCAAUGAAUAAAUCCAACACAAUUCUUUCACCUAAAGAACUUCAAAUGGAAACAUUAAAAAUUAUUCAAACUAAAGCUAGAACAUUAAUGAAUUUACAUAAUAAAAAAGCUGGAAGACGAUUCAUAUGGAAAAAUCGUAUUACAAAAUGUAAAUGUCAUGGUGUUAGUGGAGCAUGUUCAAUGCGUACAUGUUGGCAACGUGUUAAUGAAUUUCGUCUUGUUGGUAUAAUGUUAAAAGCAGCUUAUGAUUCAGCUAUACAUGUUACAUAUGAACCAAGAAUAGAUAUAUUAAAACAAAUUAAUACCAAAAUAAAUUCUAAUCAUUAUAAAAAAUUAUAUUCAUAUAAUAAUUAUAUCACUAGAAGUAAUCAUCCAUUUGUAUUAUCAAAUCAUAAUCAUAAUUUAAAGAAUUGGUUAGUAUUAAUUAAAAGUCAUAAUAAUAAUAAUAAUAAUAAUAAUAAUAAUAAUAAUAAUAAUAAUUCUAAAUAUGAUCGAAACAAUGAACAAUUUCAACAUAGAUGGCCUCGUAUGCUGAUGACAAAAUUCAAAGAGAUACCAAAGAAUCAAUUAGUUUAUUUAGAAGAAUCACCAAAUUAUUGUUAUUUUGAUGAAACUAUAGGUCAUUUAGGUAUUGCUGGAAGACAAUGUAAUGCUACGUCAAAAGAUGCUGUUAAUUCAUGUACACGUUUAUGUUGUGAUCGAGGUUAUGAUACAUUAGAAUUGGAACGUGAACAAAAAUGUGAAUGUAAAUUUUUUUGGUGCUGUGAAGUUCGAUGUAAUAUAUGCCGUGAUAGAACAACUUUACAUUAUUGUAAACACUGAAGAAGAAGAAGAAGAAGAAGA